GGUGUGCGCUUGCAUGAGGAGUUGACACAACUGGUGUCCUCUCAUAUUCACAGCAGCAGCCAGUAGGGUUUGGGCAUCAGGUGAGCGUUUCAAACACUCUCCCCACUUCUCAAUUUUUUUUUCUUUAGGACUGUACACUAUACUUUUACAUCAGUGGCAGAGGGAGAGAGGACGCACCAGAACAACUAUGACCAGAAGAUCCGCGCCCUGACGCGCACUGGUGUGUGCAUGUUGGACCGGGGAGUGUGUGGACUAGUAUGAAGCGCCAUGGCUUGGUGUGACCGCGGGGUUCAAACACUUCUGGCCACAGUAGGGGCUUUUGCUGCUUUCAGCCUGAUGACCAUCGCCAUCGGCACGGACUACUGGCUCUAUUCGCGGGCGUACAUCUGUAAUGCCACUAAUGCCACCACAGACGAGACUCAGACUCCGAUUAAAACUAAGAAGGGCGAUCUCACCCACUCCGGUCUGUGGAGGAUCUGCUGUAUUGAAGGCAUCAAUCAAGGCAGCUGCUACAGGAUCAACCAUUUCCCUGAUGACAACGACUACGACACAGACAGCUCUGAAUAUCUGCUGCGUAUAGUUCGUGCUUCGAGUAUGUUUCCCAUCCUCAGCACUGUCCUGUUGAUGCUCGGUGGGUUAUGUGUCGGUGUGGGCCGAGUAUACAACAAGACAAACAACGUCCUCCUCAGUGCAGGCAUUCUCUUUGUAGCUGCAGGUCUGAGCAACAUUAUCGGUAUCAUUGUCUACAUCUCCAGCAAUGCAGGAGAUCCCAGUGACAAGCGUGACGAUGACAAGAAGUACACUUACUCCUAUGGUUGGUCCUUCUACUUUGGUGCCCUCUCCUUCAUUGUAGCCGAAACUGUGGCUGUACUCGCCAUCAAUAUCUACAUUGAGAAGAACAAGGAAGUGCGCUGGAGAGCACGGCGCGAGUUUAUCCGUUCACUCUCGUCUUCAUCCCCUUACUCGAGGAUACCAAGCUUUCGCUACCGUCGGCGGACGUCGCACGCCAGCUCUCACUCCACAGAGGCCUCCAGGGAGAACUCGCCUGUGGCCGGUUUGAAAGGAGCACCAUCUUCCAGUGGGCCCCUGGAUGAGCUUUCCAUGUACGCCCUGGCAAGGGACAGCGUGGCGGAGAACACAUACAGCCCCGAGCAUGAGGCAGCUGCUGAGUUCCUGCAGGUCCAUAACUGUUUCCCAAAUGACUUAAAGGAUGGGGUGAACCGCAGGACCACACCUGUGUGAAUGGUGUGUGAGUAGUAUGAGCAUGGGGUUCACACGAAGGAGAGUAAGCAAGAAAUUAUGUAAAACUUGUGCUAGAAAACUUGUGUCAGCCUCCCACUGUUAGAGUGAGCCUGUCUGUUUUGAAAGGACAAAAACUGACAAGAGGAUAGUCUUCUGGACAGAGGAUAAGCCAGUUAACACAAUUUGCAUAAUUUACCUGCUUUUAGAUGCCAUUCAGCCAGAGUAAACUGACCUUUUUCUGUGCUGUAGCCUUCCAAAACUAGUGUAUUCUCUUAUCUUUCAGCUGGGCAGAAAUGAACAGUCUGUUGUUCACAAUCCUCAUCUGUGUAAUGAUUCCUGCUCCUUGUGGGUAAACUGGAGAUUGAUACAGUGAGACGUGCCAAUCAGAAGUAUUCUACCUGUAAGUCAAACAAGGUGCUAAAUGAAAUGUACUCUUCAACUUGAAUGUGUUUUACUUGUGUGUAAAGUUAAAGCUUGUAUUCUGUCUUCAUAUUUGGCUUCAUCCUGUAUCUUAUCAUAGGUUCACAAGAGUGCUAUUAGUCAGUAACUUAAAAAGUGAUAUGCUUGCUGAGCUGUAAUGUGUUGAAUGUUUAAUAUUGAAUUAGAUUGUACAAGUUUAUCAUCAGUUUGUUCCAACAACAUGAAGGGUUUUGUCUCCUUGUGGUUGCUUCCUUAAUCCUAAUCCUCCAUGACAUUUGCCAGAAUGGAACAAAAUGUCCCUUUUUGUCAGUGAAAAAUCCCUGUUCAGUCAUCUCUUUUUAUUCACUUCCAUAACAGUAUAUCUUUUCUUCAUCACACCCCCUGAUGGAUGUAUCAUUGUGUAUGUGCCUGUUAUGAAAGAAGAGCAACUGGUGAAAAACCAGGGGGUGCCCAGAACUGUGAAGACAACACAGGUCAGGACAUCCUUUUUGCUCAGAAUAGAGCGCUGGCAUCAAUUGUUAAACAGAUAAGGAUCACAGCCAAGCAGAUUUCAUGUCUGUCAUGCAGCCCGUGAGUCCAUCUGGCAGCCUCGCCCCUCCCUUUGUCAAACUGAGACCCCAGACAGAAGCAGAGGGAGCUGUGCGGGACUUUGUCUCCAAAGGAUUUGGCUUUAAGUACAAGAUGUGUGCUGUCCAUCACUGCUCUGUCUGUCCGUUAUCUCAGGAAAUACUGUGUGGUUGUGGCAGGUUGAACACCUUGGAGGUCCUCUCCUUGUUUUUUGGCUCAGACAGGAAAUGGACCAGUGAUAAAAGUAAACCUGAUGAAAAUGAUUUGAGGAGAGAGAGAGAGAGAGAAAAAAGCCAUUACUGCUUUUAGUAAGAGCUGUGAGUGUUUGCUUGAGAACCACCCUGUGUGACGUUCUUCAGAGGGCUGGCUUAGUUAAGCACUAAAUGGUAUCAAUGCAUCUGAUAUUCUGUUGGAUAACACUUCAUGUAUAUCCACCUGAGCAGAUGUAAAAGAAAGCCAUCAAAGUAGGUCUUUCAUUUUUAUAUUCUAAUGUGAAAAAUGUCCAAAUCUGUUCAUUUAAAAUGUAAAUCUGUAGAUAAAAAUACAACAAAAUGAGGACAAAAUAUGUGAAAAGACACGAAAAACAGAAUUCAAAGCAUUAUUUUACUAAAGACUAACUUGAGAGUAAUGCUCAUACGUCAGGCAAAGGUCACGUGAUUCAGUUUACCUUUGUAUAUUCAGGUGUAACUGGUUUAGCUGUUAUGAGUAAGUGAAUCUAUUAAAUAUUCAGUUUUGUAAAGUGAAGUAGAAUAAGUAUGUUUAGGAGAAAAAAAAAUCUAUUCCAUGUAUGGAUGGCUGCUGUACUUAUGUGCUUAUGUUUGUUUAAGGCUUACUAUUUAUGAAAGCACCUUCUCUAUUUCCAUUAAUAAAGUAAAUGAACAUGUGAGUAUGGACGGCUAGAAAGAUUGAUGAUAUGAAAAAGAAAAGAAAAUGAGUUUUUCACCCUUUUAGAAAAUGUUCAAGACCAAACUCACCACUAUUGUAAAGGUAUUUUCAGUGCCUUUGCUCUUUUUAUGAUUGACUGUAUUUCUUGCCUUUAACUGUUGUGAUGAAAAAAAAGAAAGUAUUUUUAAUUUACCCCUAAAACAUACUGUAUAUAGACUAAUAAACAAAUCAGGGUUA